UGGACUUCAAUAACAACAAUGGUCAGAAAAACAACACAACAAAAGAAGAGCAUGAGCACUAGCACUAGCAACACUACUACUGCAGACUCAUCAUCAACGUCAACUAUAACCAAACCAUACGGCUACAAGACUUUAAAGUCUAACCCAGCCGAGCAUUAUGAUCACUUUGACUCACCAAUAGGCCCAAUGGAGUUCUUUGCCAAUGACAAGGGUCUGGUACUGAUCACCUUCUUCCCAUUGCACAAGCCCAAUGUCGACUCGAUGAAACCGAAUCUGAUCACAAACCAGUUCAAACAGCAACUGACCGACUACUUCUCUGGUGACCUUCUGGACUUUACUGUGCCAGUGGACUGGGACGCCGGCACAGAGUUCCAACAAAAGGCAUGGAAGGCGCUGUGUGACGUCAAGUUUGGAGAGACAGCGUCAUACUCUGAUGUGGCCAAGGCCAUUGGCAAGGCCAAUGCACCACGCGCUGUCGCAACCGCUUGUAGGCUUAAUAAGUUCCCAUUGAUUGUGCCCUGUCAUCGCAUAGUCUCGUCAAAGGGAGAGGUGGUAGGAUACAUGGGCAAGGGUGGCAUACCCAAGCAACACUUCCUCUACGAUCAUGAGCAAGCUGUACUAAAAGAAGCAAAGUCGAACAACAUCAAGUGCAGUCGCAUCAGCCGCAGAUGC